AUGGCGGCCUUCGGUGGACAGACACCCACGAUUAUCGUGCUCAAAGAAGGCACCGACACCUCUCAAGGCAAGCCCCAGGUAAUCUCCAACAUUAAUGCCUGCCUAGCCGUGCAGAAUACAAUCAAAAGCACCCUUGGCCCUUACGGUGGCGACUUGCUCCUCGUCGAUUCCAGCGGCAAACAGACAAUCACGAACGAUGGCGCCACAGUCAUGCGCCUGCUCGACAUAGUCCACCCAGCCGCAAGGAUCUUGACCGACAUAGCGCGGAGUCAAGAUGCAGAAGUGGGCGAUGGGACUACCUCGGUCGUUGUGUUGGCGGGAGAAAUAUUGAAGGAAGUGAAAGAGCUGGUCGAGCAAGGAGUAUCUACGCAGACCAUUGUCAAGGGGCUGAGGAGGGCGAGUGCCAUGGCGAUAAACAAGAUCAAAGAGAUUGCUGUGAGUGUAGACGAUGGCGCAAAUAAGAGGGAGACACUCCGAAAACUGGCGGCCACGGCAAUGAGCAGUAAACUUAUUCAUCGCAAUGCGGAUUUCUUCACGAAGAUGGUCGUCGAUGCCGUCCUAAGCCUCGACCAAGACGACCUGAACGAGAAACUCAUCGGCAUCAAGAAAAUCACCGGUGGCGCCUUGGAAGACUCUCUCUUUGUCGACGGCGUUGCAUUCAAAAAGACCUUCUCCUACGCGGGCUUCGAACAACAACCAAAAUCUUUCAAGAACCCUAAAAUCGUAUGUCUGAACGUUGAGCUGGAGUUGAAGGCAGAGAAGGACAAUGCAGAGGUACGAAUCGAUCAGGUGUCGGAAUACCAGGCGAUAGUGGAUGCCGAGUGGCAGAUCAUCUAUGACAAGAUGGAGGCACUAUACAAGACGGGUGCGAAGGUGGUAUUGUCGAAGCUACCAAUCGGAGAUCUGGCGACCCAGUAUUUUGCAGAUAGGGAUAUCUUUUGCGCUGGGCGUGUUGCCUCUGACGAUCUGGAGCGUGUGUGUCAGGCAACCGGGGCCGUCACACAGAGUACCUGCAGCGACAUUUUACCGUCGCAUUUGGGAACGUGUGGAUUGUUCGAAGAGCGCCAAAUUGGUGGUGAGCGGUAUAACCUGUUCAGUCACUGUCCGGAGGCCAAAACAUGCACGUUGGUUUUGAGAGGUGGAGCCGAGCAAUUCAUUGCCGAAGUCGAACGGUCGCUGCACGAUGCCAUCAUGAUUGUCAAGCGGGCCCUGAAGAACCAUACCAUCGUGGCCGGGGGCGGCGCCACCGAGAUGGAGAUUUCAGGGUACUUGCACAGAUUUGCGGACAAGAAUGUCCCCCACAAGCAGCAGGCUGUGGUAAAGGCUUUCGCAAAGGCUUUGGAGUGCAUACCGCGACAGCUGUGCGACAACGCAGGUUUCGAUGCCACCGACAUCCUCAAUCGACUGCGGGUGGAACACCGAAAAGGAAAUACCUGGGCAGGGGUCGACUUUGACCACGAAGGAGUCCGGAAUAACAUGGAUGCGUUUGUCUGGGAACCUGCCCUGGUCAAGUUCAAUGCCGUUUCAGCAGCUGUGGAGGCAGCAUGUCUGAUUCUGAGUGUCGACGAGACAAUCAAGAACGAGGAGAGUCAAGGUCCGCAGGCGCCGGCGAGAGGAUUGCCACCUGGUGCAGCACAACGGGCAUUGAGAGGUAGGGGGAGGGGGAUGCCGAGAAGGUGA